AUGGAAGAAGAAGAGUACAUUAGAACAAGGAUUUCAUCAAGAGCAUGGUGUGAUCUACAUCCAGAGCUUUUAAAUGAAAUAGCAGAGAGUUUAGGAAUAAUUGAUCUUCUUGGCUUUCGCGGAGUUUGCAAAGAUUGGCGUUCUGCUUCCUUCACAGCUUCUGCCUCCAUUGAAUCAACGUCUCGUGACUCAAAGCUCUAUUUCCUUCUUCAUAAUGAUCGCGAUGAGAAUACUAUCUUGUUUAAUCCAACCACCAACAAGAAUUACACCAUCAAUAUCCCUGAGUUGAAAGAAGCAACUUGCCUUGCAUCAACUCAAGGUUGGUUACUCAUAUCACAAAGAGGUAACCUUUUCUUCUUCUGCCCUUUCUCUCGCGUGAAAAUUGACCUCCCACCUAUUCAAGGACUAGAGAACACUCCCGCGGCUGCUGCAUUUACUUCACCUCCUUCCUCAAUUGAUUGUGUUACGGCUAUCAUUUACAAGAAAAAUGAUGAUAUUGUGGAAGUAAACGUGCUAGAACGCGGAGCUAGCAUGUGGAUUAAGUAUGAAUAUGAUCUCAAACUUAAUCAAAAGAGUUUUGGUGAGGCUAAAUGUGCUACUUUUCAACAAGGAUGUCUCUAUUUGAUGGAUGGUUUUAAGAAGUUGUUGACAUUCACAUUGGAAGAUAAAAGUUUUGAGAUGUUCUUAGUAAUUGAGCAAUCUAAGGAUUCAAAUUUGGAAACCUUGUCAUUUAGGUACAAGGACAAACUUUUUAGUAGAAGUAAUUUGAAAAAACAGAUGAAUCUUGGUGAUGAUGUUACUAUUACUACUUGUGGUGCUACUUAUUUUGGAAGUGAUUUAGAAGUUUUGAUUCACAAUGAAAACAUUGAGGCAAUGGAAGGAACAAAUGCUCAACAUUUCAAAGGAAUUUGGAUUCAGCCUAGAUUCUUUCAACUCCCUCCAAAUUAUAGUUGGUCACUUUGA